CCCAGCCCCGCUCUGCGCGGCUUUUCUGAGUGUUACGGCGCCCUCCGCCCGCCCCCGCGCGACGCCGGCGGGGACCCACCGGUUCGGCUCCGCACCGCAGCGCGGAAAGGAGAACCCCGGGAACGAGACCCCGCCGUCCGGUCGCCCAGUCCUCUUCAGCCGUAGGCCCGCAUGGAGUGGACUGCGGAGUCCCAGACGCCUGACCUGCGAGAUGUGGAGGGCAAGGUGGGCAGGAAGACCCCUGAAGGGCUGCUCCGCGGGCUGCGGGGCGAAUGGGAGCCGGGAACGUCCGGCGCCCUGCUGCUCCCGGGGGCGCCUAGCACCGGCCACGUCCACGGCCUGGGGGACAAGAUCAUGGCGCUGAGGAUGGAGCUGGCUUACCUGCGAGCCAUCGAUGUGAAGAUCCUGCAGCAGCUGUUGACCUUGAAUGAGGGCCUCGAGGCUGUGCGCUGGCUGUUGGAGGAGAGGGGGACGCUGACCAGCCACUGCGGCAGCCUCACCAGCAGCCAGUGUAGCCUGACGGGCGGGAGCCCAGGCCACUCGAGGAGAGGCAGCUGGGACAGCCUGCCAGACGCCAGCUCCGCUGACCGGCUGGACAGCCCCUCCAUUGGCAGCUUCCUAGACACGGUGGCCCCCAGCGAGCUGGAUGAACAGGGCCCCCCUGGGGCUGCCCGUCCUGAGGUGGCCUGGGCAGAGGGCACACCCAGUGUGGACAGGGCCGGGACGGAGGUGGGCCUGACAGCCAGCAGGCUAGGGAGCUUGAGGGCUGUAUGGAAGCCCCCCGGGGAGGUCCAAGGCGGACCGCCUGAGCCACUGGGGGACGAAAGUGCCAAACUGGGCUCUGAGGCCCACUGGUACUGGCAGUGCCAGGAUGACGUGACCUUCUUAUAGUAACUUUCCCACCCUUUUGUAUUCCGAUGGCUCUCUCAUCGCUAGGCCCUGGUCUCCCUGAAAUUUAUUCUCCCUCAUUCUGGGCCCAGGAAGAGGCGGCAUUGGAAGCAGUUACCAUGGAAACCUGGCCUCAUCAUCCUUUGGUCCCCGAGGAGGCUCUGCCUUUAUCCCUCAAUUAUGGGGACCCUAGAGCUAUUUCCAUAGAUACAUUGACUCUAGAGGCUUGACCUGUGGCUUAUGGUACGAUAGGGCCUUUCCCUUUUCCUCUGCAACUAGGUAAGGAUCUGAGGGAUUUCGGAAGCCUAAGAGAUCGCUGAUGAAGAGAUGGAGUAAUGACCUCACCCAACAUCUAGGGUCUUGGCCGCCCCCUUGGCCAAGGUGGAGAACUGGGGAGGCACCCGGACAUUCAGGGCCAACCUCCCAGGGACUGGUCCUCCCAGAAGCCUUUGGGCCUGGUAGGACCAUCCCUUCCUGUCUGGUAGUGAUGUCACUUCCUGCCAGGAUGCAUGAGCCUUUCCUCUGUACCAGUCUCUCAGGGGUGGUGGUCCGUACCGAGGGGGCUGAGCCCUUGCUGCUAGGCGAGCCCGUACCGUUUAUUCUCCACACCGUUACUUCUUGCAAGCAGGACCGCACCCUUCCCCCCUUCUGGUAGGAAAGCGUCUCACUGUCAGAGGUCUGUGCUGCUUUUCAGAAAGAUUCUUACUUUUUAAACGGGGUGCGCUCAUUUUAUUCUAGAGGGUCUCACUUCCUCUGUGCCCGCAUCCCUGUCUGAUGCAAGCACUCCUACAUCUGUGCUUUUAGGAAGGGAAACGCGGGGGCCUCUACCCACGGCUCUCCAAAGUUUGUCCGGCCUGCCCGGUUGGGUCCCCUGUCUUUCCCUGUCCCGGGGUUGCCGCCGUUCUUGUAUUCUGGCCCCAAAUCUGUCUGCCAGGAGGUCCAACCUUUGUGUCUCCACACCUUCUCGGUUUCCACUUCCACAGGCCUUUUAUAUGCCGGUGAGUCCUCCAUCCACCCCCCUUCUGUCCCCAUUGCUGAUGGAAAUCAGAGGGAGGAGAAGCUUGAAGUCUCCGAGCGCUGGAGGUGUAUCGUAAUUUCCAAAGGCGGGGAGGUGUCUUCUUGGAUCCUGUGAUUUCCCUUCCCCCAUCCUGCCCCGGACUUUCCUCCAUUUGGUCACAAGGAUGUGUGCCAGAGGGGGGAGUACAGGUGUUCCUGCUCGGACUCCUCUCUUCCACUGUCCAUUUCAGGUCCCAGGUUCCUUCCAUUUUUCUGGUGGUGAUAGCCUGAUUCUGCAUCAUAAAGUUCCUGUCAAUUUUUUGCCAAAUUGUUUUAACAUCUAUUAAUGUCUGUUUUAUAAAUUGGUUAAUUCACUAGAGAUUACAAAAUGAUGACUUUUCUAAUGCUGUUAUGCCCUCUUUUAUUCUAAUUCUAUAGAGAAAAACUUUUUCACAUCCUCUAGGACUAUUUCGUUACCCUAAAAUAAAGUUUAUACCAGAAUAGCAAGAUGAAUGCUUAAAUGUCUUCCCUUAUUUAUCACUGUUAAAGUAGUAAAUUGAUGCCCUAGCAACUUGAUGUUCGACGAUUUUGUUUUGUUUUGCUCUCUCUUUAAAUUAUUAUUGUGAAUUUGUAGUUUUUAAUAUAUUUAAUGUCUUUUAAUCA